AUGGGACGGUCGAAUACCUUUAAAGAAGUUACUCCUGUGGGAUUGAUGCGUACCGCCGCUCCUGGCAGCCACUCAAAAACAUCGAGUGUUUCUGGAAUGCCAGAUUUGUUCGGCACACCCGACACGACAAACAAAGCAAAGGAGACUCGAGCGGAAACCACCGCACCUGACACUGAGGGUAAUAUUAUACCACCUGUGGAGAAAGACUCUACAGAUCAUUCAAAGGCAACGGAGACCGUACCAGAGAGUACUGACCAGACCACCGAGCCAAUCGCCACUAGACGCAAGCGUGCCCCAACAUUAUUGACGCCGAUCUCGAACGCGAGUUUUGAUUCGCCUAUCUCGCCUACUAGGGUUUCACCUACUAGAGAUCCCCUGAUAAACCGACCGAAGCCCCAGUCCCCUGUGAUAGAUUUCCGUGCCAAUCUCCGAAAGCGAGAAGUUGUUAAGGAUCAAGGACCCAAGGAGGAGCCAGAGUUCAAAAAUGUUUUUGGAAAGCUGAAGAAAACAGAAUCAUCGAAUUAUGUCCCAUCUGACGAGCUCAAGGACAAUAUACUGAGAGGGAAAGCAGCAUUAAAUGCUACAGGAGGUCCGAAGAAAAACCAGAAAGUUGAUGAACUGAAAGACAGUAUUCUAAAACAGCGAGAGGCAAUCAAAUCCAGCAGUGGCUCGUUACGGCGCAAUACUGCUGGGGAAAACGAUGCCUCUAUGAAGGUCGUUCCUGAAGCCAUUGCGAAACGGCACAACCUGACCAAGUCCAGCAGUGCCAAAAGCAACGUGUCUGAUACGCCUGCCUCCCUUUCUCCUAGGGAGCCCGGGACACCACAACUUUCACCCCAACUUCCUUCAGAGAUUGAGCGUGUCGACCGUUCUCCUAGCCCACGACUUGCCGCGAAAGAACAUAAUCCCGAUGUACCUGAUACCCAGGAGCAAGUCUCUGAACCCGUUCAUCCUAUCAGCGAACAAAAUAGUAAAAUCGAGUCGAGUGAAUCGGAGGAUCAGUUGGAGAAUGCGGUAAUUGAAGAGCAGAAGAAGUCAAGUGAAGAGACCAUCCAACCGGUGCGUGCUUUGCCAUCGGGGAAUGUCGUGCAGGCCACAAAUCUGCCUGCUUCAGCUGAAGGUCUUGCUACUAAAGACUUCGUGGAUUACCCAUCGAAGGAAGUGACAGACUCUUGUGAUGCCCCUGGCUUUCCUGAUCUGAACGAGCCUGACCCUUUGGAUUUCGCACCAAAGGAGUCAACCCCUCGAGAGAACUUACCAUAUUCUAAGAUGGAAGAGAAGAAAGUCCCCGUGAAGGAAAUUAGCCCAGAGGAAGAACCCGCUACCCAGGAUGUUUCGCCACCUUCAACUGAGGAAACAGGAGCUGACAUAAAAGAUCUUGUGCCCGAAACAGAGGCUGCUAGCCAAGGAGUCUCACCAUCACUUGAUGUUGAGGUAGACGUCUCUAUAGACCCCGCACCGAAGGAAGAGCCCAGUCUUGAAGAGACUCUACAAUUCUCCGAUACCAUGGAAGACCAACUUCCUACAGUGGACUCUGCACUGAAGGAAAAGCCUGGUUUCCAGGGGACUCCACAGUUCUCCGCCAGCAUAAAAAACGAGCUACCUGCCGUGGAGUCCGUACCGGAAGAAGAAGAUAUCAUAUUUCCAGAACCUACACUGCCCCUAUAUAAUGAGGAAACAAUUUCUAAGAAUUAUAUAUCGAAAAGAGAUACUAUCUCCUCCAGAAUAACAAUGUCCUCUGACAUCGGGGAGUCCGAGACCAUGAAUACUGCUUCCAAGGAAGAUACCGGUGUCCAGAAGAUGCCAUCAUCCUCGGAGAUUGCGGGACCUGAGCCCACUGGGUCCUUGGAAAGUGAGAAGUCUGGUUCCCUGAAUAGUCUGCCGUCUCCAACUAUCGUGAGAUCAGAAGUCCCCUCUACAGACCUUGUGCUCGAAAAAGAGACUGAAUCACGGGGCAACCCAGCUUCACCUGAUAUUAAGGAACUUGAUGCAAGCCUAUUAUCUACUCAAAGCUGCGCAGGCAAUUCUAGCGGCUGGCCGCUCCCUGAUGGCGAUAUUCCCGCGCCUGCCGCUUUGGAAACAGGGUUGACUCAGCCUUCUCCACCAACGACGGACAAGCCAACCGAGUUUAAAAGGAGUAUUCCUCACAUGGCUGAGAGAGACUCCAAACAGAGAUCUUCGGCAUCGUUGGUGCCCCAGGCCGAUGAGUCUCUUGAAGCCAUUUCUGGCUUCUUCAGGACAUUCCCCAAUUCAAGGGAUUCCGUGAAUAUUGAUGCCCAGUUAAUGCUGACGAGCAAGAAUGAGAACCAGAAGAUCAGGACCCUGAGGAUGCAGAUGUGGGAGAUAACAGGUGAUGGCAAGAAACAAGAUCUCCCAGUCAAUCAAGAGUACAUCCUCUACGAAGGCAGCAUGUAUCUCUGCGUGCAUCUAUUCGAAGCUGACGGUGGCGCACGGUCAGAAGCUCAUCUUUGGUGUGGUGAUGAUGUUCCCGAUGCAGCAAUAGACGAUGCGCAGUCUUUUUCAAAGAAGGUGGCUAAGGAAAAUGGCUGCAAAUUGGAAGUCAUUAAACAGGGAAAAGAAACCGCGCGUUUUAUCCAAGCCCUCGGCGGAAUUCUCAUAACCCGUAGAGGUCUCAGUUCUCGUUCUAGUUCCUCUGCCUUUUUCAUGCUUUGCGGCAGAAAGCACCUAGGCCAAAUGGUCUUUGACGAAGUGAAUUUCUCCCGCCAGAGCUUGUGCCCCGGCUAUCCGUUCGUAAUUUCUGCCAUGUUUGGCAAGGUAUAUUUGUGGAAGGGCAAGGGCAGUGCAGCUGAAGAGGUCGGAGCCGCUCGGUUGAUUGGCAUGGACCUUGGCUUGACUGGCGAGUUCGAAGAGGUUGCUGAAGGAGAAGAGCCAGAGAGCUUUUUUGAAUGUUUCCCACAGUAUGAGGAGUCUGGAGAUUACAUGCGCCCAGAUUAUUGGCGGUUAAAGCCUAACCAUGCAUGUUAUCGCCCGAGACUACUUCGUAUUGACCAUGAGCUUGGUCAGCAGCGACCAGCAGGGUUCUGGCUUCGCCGGCCAGGUUCCGCGUCUCCAGUGAUUCGACCGAACGACACUGUUCAAGAGAUCGAGCCUUUCUGCCAGAAAGACAUCAAGGCUAAUGGUAUUUAUGUCUUAGAUACCUUCUUCGAGAUCUAUGUGUAA